AUGCUCAUCAUGGUUCGCCCCUCCGGCCUCGCCCUCCUGUCCGUCCUGGCCAUGAGCUUCGUCACACCCACCGCCGCGGCAACAGGAAAGACCCGGGUCGACUGGCCAUACGGCGAAAGGGGCCCCGAGAUGGACCACGACACGUGGGUCAGCCUCAUCAACGCAACGCCGUACCGGUGGGCGCGGGUGUACCAGCACUCGUACCAGAUGGGCUCGUGGGGGGUGUGGCCCGAGUACCUGGAGCCGGGCCAGUCGGUUCAGACGUUGGCGGAGCGGCGUAACGGCUUCUUCAUCGAGGACUCGGCGGCCGAGGUGCGCUACCAGCUCGAGGGCACGGCCAGGCCCAUGGGGCUGCAGGUCGAGUACCGGCGCGGCCUGGCCCACAGGGUGUGGGUGCGCUUCGUCGACGAGCUCGAGACGCUCAACAACGCGCGCGGCACCGAGCACGAGCUGGGCUUCGUGCGGCGGCCCGGCGGCGUCGGCUUCCUGCUGGCGGGCUCCGAGGAGGCCGGCUUCGUGUCCAACGACGGCCCGCUGCAGUGGAUGCAGGCGUCGCUGCCGCUCGUCGGACACCUGCCGCUGCGCGAGCUGGCCCUGCCGCGGACGCACCACUCGGGCAUGUGGAAGGCCGUCCAGCCCGUCAUGUUCGGGUGCCCGGCCAACACGCUGACGCACGACGACGACCUCUGGAACCAGCUGGGCAACGGCGGCAUCCGGGUCCUCGACCUGCGCGCCACGCGCGUCGGGCACGAGUUCCGCGAGAGCCACGUCUCCGAGAUCGGCAUCCUCGGGUGGCAGGGCAUGAUCGGCGCGGGCAUCGAGGAGAUGAUCGACAUAGUCAACCGCUUCAACGACCAGUACCCCGGCGAGCUCAUCAUCCUCGACGUCCACCGCGAAGCCCGCUCGCGCAGCCGCGGGUGGCAGGAGCUCGACGAGGGCGAGGUGCUGGACCUGUACAAGCUGUUCAAGCUGCUGCGGCACCGCCUGCGCGUCCCGGACGACGAGGACCUGACCACCUGGCCGCUCGGGCGCUUCAUCGCCAACGGCACCUCGGCCGUGCUCGUGCGCUUCCACCAGUCGUGGCUGAAGCGCGCCCCCGACGGCUUCCCCGGCGGCGCAGAGGGCUUCGUCACCGACCGCCAGCUGCCCUACCUGGGCGACUGGUCCAACGCGGCCGAAGUCGCCGACAUGGUGCGCGACCAGCUGACCCAGCUGGCCCAUUUCCGCCCGCGCCGCGACAGCCCGGCCUUCAACGCCCAGUGGAUCAUCACCCAGAACAGCGCCCAGACCGUCUUCCCCUUGGAGACCAUCAUCCAGCGCAACGCCCCGGCAUGGCGCACCCUGUACCACGAGUUCUGGAACGCCCUCUCGGACCAGACGUACCCCAACUGGAUCACCGUCGACGCCUCCCACCACAGCCAGCUCAAGGCCAUGGCCAUGGCCAUCAACCUCUGCCUCGGCGCCCGCAAAUGCGGCAGCCUCGGCGGCAGGGUCCGGGGGUCCAGCGUCCAGGACCGAUAUCUUGCCCGCGCAAACGGGACCGAGGCCAAGGUGGUACACGCAUGA